CACGCGUUGUUAGGCGUGUAAUAGGGGAAACUCCUCCCCGCCGGGGCCGCCUCGCAGGCGCUGCCAGAGGAGCGGCCGCCUUGCUGCCCCCACCACCGAACGUGCGGCGGCCGCACACCGAGCGCAGAGCCCACCGCCUGUGCACCCGCGCGCAGCUCGCGGCAGAGGGGGCAGCGCCGCGCGGGGCUGCGGGGCGGCGGGAUUAGGGACUGCUCGAGCCCACCCGCUCCCGCCACCAGGCUGUGCUGACCCGGCGCCCAGGCGGCUAGAGGAGGCAGGCGCGCGGCGGGCAGCGGGAGGGGGCGGCGCGCCGCGGUGGCAGGGUGCCCCGCGUGCACCCCGCAGAGCUGGGCGCAGACCCGCGGGCCGUCGGGGGCGCGGCGGCCCGCCCGAGCCCACACCUGUCCGGCCGCGGUGGCCGGGAGCCCGAGUGGCGCCGCAGUCAGUGGCAUCAAAGGCAGCGAGGGAGGGAAGAGCCCGCGGAGGCGAGGCCCGCGCUCCAGAGGAAGCCGCGCCUGGCUGGAGGCCCCAGACCCUGCUCCCCGAGCUCCACCGCACCAUGGCCCCGAAGCUGUUCCUCCUCCUCUGUCUGUUCUCGGGUUUGCACGCCCGGUCCAGGAAGGUGGAAGAGGAUGAAUAUGAAGAUUCAUCAUCAAACCAAAAGUGGGUCUUGGCUCCAAAAUCCCAAGACACUGAUGUGACUCUUAUCCUCAACAAGUUGCUAAGAGAAUAUGAUAAAAAGCUGAGGCCAGAUAUUGGAAUAAAACCGACCGUAAUUGACGUUGACAUCUAUGUUAACAGCAUUGGUCCUGUGUCAUCAAUAAACAUGGAAUACCAAAUUGAUAUAUUUUUUGCUCAGACCUGGACAGACAGUCGCCUUCGAUUCAACAGUACAAUGAAAAUACUCACUCUGAACAGCAACAUGGUGGGAUUAAUAUGGAUUCCAGAUACAAUCUUCCGCAAUUCUAAAACUGCAGAGGCUCACUGGAUCACCACCCCCAAUCAGCUCCUCAGAAUUUGGAAUGAUGGGAAAAUCCUUUACACUUUAAGGCUCACCAUAAAUGCAGAGUGUCAGCUACAGCUGCACAACUUUCCCAUGGAUGAACAUUCCUGUCCACUGAUUUUUUCCAGCUAUGGCUACCCCAAAGAAGAAAUGAUUUACAGAUGGAGAAAAAAUUCAGUUGAGGCAGCUGAUCAGAAAUCCUGGCGGCUUUAUCAGUUUGACUUUAUGGGCCUCAGAAACACUACAGAAAUUGUAACAACAUCUGCAGGUGAUUAUGUUGUCAUGACUAUAUAUUUUGAAUUGAGUAGAAGAAUGGGAUACUUCACUAUUCAAACAUACAUUCCCUGUAUACUGACUGUGGUUUUAUCCUGGGUGUCAUUUUGGAUCAAAAAAGAUGCUACACCAGCAAGAACAGCAUUAGGCAUCACCACAGUGCUGACCAUGACCACGCUUAGCACCAUUGCCAGGAAUUCCUUGCCCCGUGUGUCCUAUGUGACAGCCAUGGACCUCUUUGUGACUGUUUGCUUCUUAUUUGUCUUUGCUGCUCUGAUGGAGUAUGCCACCCUCAACUACUAUUCAAGUUGUAGAAAACCAACUACCACUAAGAAGAAAACAUCGUUAUUGCAUCCAGAUUCCUCAAGGUGGAUUCAUGAGCGAAUAAGCCUACAAGCCCCCUCCGUAUGUAUAGCAUUGAAGAACUAUUCUCUCCUUGACGUGAGGCCACCACCACCUGCAAUGAUCACUUUAAACAAUUCUGUGUACUGGCAGGAAUUUGAAGAUACCUGCGUCUAUGAGUGUCUGGAUGGCAAAGACUGUCAGAGCUUCUUCUGCUGCUAUGAAGAAUGCAAAUCCGGAUCUUGGAAAAAAGGGCGUAUUCACAUAGACAUCUUGGAGCUGGACUCAUAUUCUCGGGUCUUUUUCCCUACAUCAUUCCUGCUCUUCAACUUGGUCUAUUGGGUUGGAUACCUGUAUCUCUAAAUAUUUCUGUGGUGAUGAGUAAAGAGCACUAGAUUUCACCCUUUACUUUCACUGUCCCCAGACCAGUAGUGACCACUUGGAGUAGGAAGGAAAAACACUGCUCAGUUUAUCUGAAGUUAUACAUUACCUUUGAGCAGCACCGGAGUACCUGGCAACCAUUUCUAUCAUGCAUUUCACACUCACACACAUGCGUGCGCACACACACAUUGAGUUUUAAAGUGAUAUUCUUGCUAAUCCCUUAUUGAAUCUGUAAGUUGGUGAUGUUUAUGAAUGGUUUUUGGAUAUUGGAAACAGUUGCCAAUUGUCGUUGCAAGGAAAUCUGUAAAACAUGUAAGCAAAUAUCCGAGAAGCUCUCUUAUGCCAAGACCCCUUCUAUAUCUUUCCUUAGCAACUCUUAGGGGCACCAGUGCCCACAUGUGUGGAGUCACUGCUUGCUGGGACACACUCAUGUUGACCUCAUCCCCGUGUUCCUGGACAGUCUGAGUUCAAGUAUGAACUGCAGUGAGUUUUGACCUGGUUUCCUCUCUUUGUGACCUCUUUUACUCUGGAACUAUCAUUGUUACCUAGAAUUUCUUUAUUUAAUAAUCUCACCUUAGGUUUAGGAAGGGUGUAUAUGCAUUAUCCACAAGUUUCCAGUUGAGAAAAAAAUAUGAUUUGAAAAAUUCUCAUGUUGCUGAAUUCAAUGAUGUUGAUUAUCUCUGAACAUCAGAAGGUUAUUACUCUAUUCCAAACUACUAAAAGUAAGCAGUAUUUUAACUUUGGGUUCUUGGAUUAGUUCAGUUGGAGUUCAACAUUUUACCUUAACAGUUGUGUUUUGUUAGACCAAAACACAACCCCAGAGUAUGUAUCUUUUGUAUGUUAUGCUAUUACAGGUUCAAUGAUUAUCUUCAUCUUGCAAAGACAAGUAUACAGCACUCAUAAGCCCUUGUCGUGAAAAUGUUUUCCAAAGUGUGAAAGAAAUAUAGAUGGAAUUUAAAAUUUUCAUAGUUAUAAUUAACUUUCAAGUCAAAUCAACUUUAGAUGCAAAAAAAGGGCAAUGGCUAUCAUCAAUGAUAUAUUUUGAUGAACAAAAUUAUUUUAUACUUUGAGAUAUGAAUAUGUAGCAAAAUCCCAAAGAAAAAAUCCCCUGAAAUUAUUACUCUUUUGAUAUUUUUAUAACACAAAACUAACUUGGUUCUUGAUGUUAGUUCUUUGUUAUAACUGGAUACCAGUAUGUAACUUCACAAGACUCUUCAGAAGCCUCCCACCAUUGAUAGGAAAAACAGUCCCACCAGUUCAUUAAUAAUGCUUUGGCAUUAUUAAAAUUUUGGUACUAAAAUUUUGCUACCAGUAUCUCUGUACUUCUCAUCUUUCUCACCCAUAAAAUUGAAUUAAUUUUAUUGGAAACCAUAAAAUUUUAUUUUAAUUAUCUAUUGUAAGUACAAUUAUUACUCAGAAAAAAAGGUAAAAUAAUACACAGAGAGAAUAUAUAAAAGUGCUAAUUUCACAUAAUUUACUGGAUUAAGACCAGACAUAAGGGGAUGGGAGUGGAAGAGGCUAGAAAAGUAAAAUAUAAAUCUGUUUAUAUUUAUGAAACAUCAUUCAUAUCAAGUGAAUGCAAAUACAUUGGUAUGAUCACCCAGCUUUCAAGGACUGAAUCUAUAUAGUGUGAGACACCCAAGUCCUCAGCUUUUCUUCCUGUCAUCUCCCUGACUUUGAUUUAAUAGUGGCUACAUAGGCCACAAGCCAAUUGGGUUCUAUUUAGCAAAUUCAAUUUAAAACAUAAAAUAAUAUUUGUGGAGAAACAAGUUGAACCUAUUGGCUUAUAUGAAAUUUCUACUCUAUUGAAGAAUUUCACAUACUAGCAUCCUUGUUCUGUCUCUCAUGCAUAAACUACUCCCCCACACUUGGCAGUGGUGUCCUGGAGGCACCCUGACCAAAGGAAUCCACCAUAUCCCACCAAAGCACUGAGUACCCAUGGAAGGUGGUCCAAAGUCAGUCCUUUUCAAGCAUAAUUUUCAUCUUUAUGAAUUUAUAAUAUCUAACAAUAUGAAGAAUUUCAACCUGUUAUGUCUUAAAAGUAAUUAUGGAGGGAGAUGAAUUUUCUAGUGAAAUUCUUCUUGGAAGAGACAUAACCUAAGAACACUUUUAUAAGAUAAAUUUGCUCUACUUUUACCUUAAAAAUUAUAUUGAUGCCUCUUAUUUCAAAGCUACUCAAUAUUUGGGUGUUGUUGGCAACUCAUAAAAUUAUAUGUGUAGGAUAUACUUACCAAUAACCUAUUUGCUGAAUCCAACCAUUCUCUUCCCCCUGAUCUCAGCCAUCCUGCUGAUUUAAACACUAGUUCAUGGUUCAUUUCUCCAUAAAGGAAAACUUUUAUUUCAAGAGAGUCUCAUAGAUGUUCACUCACAAAGUAUAAAAUAGACUCCCGCCCAUACAGCAAUCUCCCCACAAUGGGUUCUGACUAAAAAGAACUCAAACAUCCCCUCAGAACACACCAAUGUCAGUUUCUCUGCAGGCUUGUCUGUUCAAGUUCUCUUAUAAGUCUCAACUUCUGAGAUAAGCCUUCAGUCCACAAUACAAGAGAUGGUAUGUACCUCAUGCAGGUACAGAGCUCAGGGGCUUGCUUAUUAACUAUGUAAGAGUUUACCUUUUGGAGGAGGGAAGAGGAGAAGCACAGGAAGAAUGUGAAGGAAAUGUAUCUCUCUUAAAUUGAGGGACUCUCCUUCACCAGUAUGCUUGGUUAGUAGUGUAUGUGUGAGGUGCAUGGGUGUAAGGCUGUUCCACCCAGACCCAGCACCUGUAGAGCUCUGGCCAGCUUGCUUUGCAUUUAGACUUGAGAAAUAUGUUUUGUGUUUUCAUGGCAGCUGGUGGGGAAACUGUGUAAGUGGCUGGUAUUCUAAAGGUGCUACUGUAUUCCUCACUUUCAGAAAUACUGUAAAUUGCAGAGAUGAGAGUUAUGUAUUUUGAAAAGGAUUUCUAAUUUCUUACCACUGUGGAUCAUACUUACAACUGUGACUGUCUCUGCUUUAAGCUUCAUCCAGGCUGAGAGGGAGACAAAAGAAAAGGCAUUCCACAUCAAUGAAAUUAGAGUAAAAAUUCCUCUUCAGAGCCUAGAAAGUUUCUGUUUCUACAAAGUCUCAACACCAGUGACCAGAGGAGAGAUUCUCAGGUACUGGGCAGAGAAGGAAAAUGUUACUAUAAGUUACUUUUGACCCAGCCAAUACUGCCCCCUUUUUACCCAACAUAUGCCUUAAAAUAACACAUAAAGCUUAUAUCAUACACAUCUCAUAGAUUUUCCAUUUUCUGUAAUCACAUAUAUUCAUGACAGGUUUUAUUUAUUGUUUAUGGAUGGAUGGAGACAGGAUUUUCUUUUGUGUGUGUGUG